CCUCCAUUCUCGCUCAGACCUUGGUGGAGAACGGACCUACUCGCUCUCUGACGUCGCACUUUGCAAUCUCACUUGGAUUUCCGAGGCCGGUCAUCAACUACUUACUUACCAAGAGAGCUUUAAUUUCGCGACUUUUUGAGUGCAAGUGAAAAUUUAAAAUACAACCCCGUUACAUUAGUGUCUCUGGGAAAUCGCAUUAUUUCCCAGUUCUCCAAAACUUUCACCCUUGACUUCAUGUCAUAUAAACAAAUCCGGCGUUGUAUUGCAUGGACGAAAUGUCUACGGGCAUCAUUGUUUGUGAAUAGCUGAAUUUUGAUUCUCCCUAAAAACAAACGUUCUGUAUAUACCAGUUUCACCAGAUUUUAGGUACUUCACUGAAUUUAAACCCUGAAUAAACACUACUUCUAAGAAUAGCAAAGGAUUUUUGGAGAAAGUACAUAUAUUUUAGUGUCCGGAAAAAAAUUCUGUUUGUUUCUAAUUCUGCCAUCCACAAAAUCCAGAUUCAUGGACAUAGUUCAUUUUUGGCACCGUAUUUCCGCCAUGAAUUUUUUAUUCAGUAACAACGGUAGACAGAUGCAGUUGACAAACUUUGCAACUUGUUCCGAGUAGCAGGAGACAUUAUCAUACGAGUUCCUGAUGAACUUUGAGAGCGUAAAGUGAGACGGAUUGGCCUGCGGUAGCACAAAGUUGACGCGUUGACAGUUCACGAAAGCCAAAUUAUUGCAGACAACUCAAGCUUUCGUGGUAAGUCUUAAAGUUUAGAGAGUUGGAGAAACUAUUUGAAAGACUUGAUUCCGUGAAGGAGGCAGAGAAAUAUUGCGACCAGAAACACUCUCCGCACGUGCCCUCUCCUAUGCAGGGACAUCAGCUCUAAAAUAAUGGCGUGGAUGUGAAAGUGUUAAAAAUUGCGACUCAACUGUGAAGUCGUUGUAUUGUUGAUGAAAGAAGAAAGGGGAAGAGACAUUUCUCACAAAAAAACUCAAAUUCCUGCCGGACAAGAACAAGAAGAGACAAUUUUUCGACUUUCUCUUUCAGUGAGUAGUGGAUUGUUAAAGAGAAAAUUUCACCAGCACCUUGCAGAUAAAAAGUGGGUCAGCGUCGUGUCGUUGUCUUCUUUAGAAGGAAAAAAUAGACUUAUUCUGAACGGAAGGCUUUCAAGCUUUCAAAGACGUCGUUAGUAUUUUAAUAGCCUAAAUACGUUAGUAUAGUUCCUUGUCACGCCAUUUCCCAAAAUUUAAGACAUUCGAGGUAUAAAAUCAUCAAACAAUAAAGAGUAAUUUUUUACAAAAAUUAUACAAAUACACAAAGUGAAUUAUCUGCCUAAAUACAUAAGGACGGACAACCUAACGCCAAGAACCACCAACCAGUCAGCCAGCUUCAUACAUACGUGGCUGCAUCUCUUUGUACGUCAAUUCCGCCUCAGCAAGCCUCGUAUUUGAAACUGACUUAAAUACGGGACUACUUUGGAUGGAGACCGGACGCUGUACACGGAAACGGACGCAGCUUGAGUUCCAUCAAAUUCGAAUCUAAAUUCCUCCUCCUUCUUCCCGUGCAUAUUCCAAAUACCGAACAAAUGGUUGAGAAACAUUGUGUCGCAUUUGCAUAAAGUAAACCCGUACGAAGAGCAAGACACACACAUACGAGCAACAAAAACAAGUAUUUCUUGCCUUGCUCUGUGUGCAUUUUGCCUUUUUUACAAACUGAUUUCUCCAGAGUAGGCAGGUGUUGUUGAAUUAUAUUCGUAAAUUUCGUCGACGAGAGUGAAAGUGUUUAUGAAUGAGUCGACCAACAACAUGCCCAUCUCAGCAGCACGUCUCCUUCAUCCUUGCUGGUGGCGUUAGAAGAAGAGGAUAAUGAGAAGAAAAACAAUGGUGUGGGCCGGGCUUCAUUGGUUCAUUUUAGUCUUUUGUCACAUUGUGUUAUGUUCACACUCCCUUCGUCAUCACAGAGGUCAUCCCUUGAACCCGUUAUUACAGGGCGUGGAGCCCUUCCCCAUGUCGCCGGUGGGAGGAGGCCCCACCGUCAAUUCAGACUCUGAACAAUCAGACCGUGGCGAGGAUGAGGACCACCUCGGGUCCUUGGAGGAGUCCGUCGUUGGGUCGUCGUCUAUGCUAAUGGAUUCCCCGUCCCAGUCCAAGGAAGACGAGCUGCUGCUGAUGGCGGGGGACGCACCCCCGCCAAAAGAACAGUUGAGCAUUGUGAAAGUGAAACCAGGCCAUGAGCUAAAAUUGAAAUGCGAGCUCAAUAAUACGUACGGCCGUAUAAUCUGGCUGUUAAAUGGGAAUGGCAUUCGCACGGAUAAUGGACGGUAUUCGAUUCAAGGUCCAAAUAAAAACCGUGCCAUCGAAGGGCGUCUCACCAUCAAUAACGUGCUGCCAGAAGAUAACGGUGUCUGGCAAUGUCACGAGACCAAAUUUGAUGGCAAGGAGCAUGUCUCUAAACCCAUCCGGGUCAUUGUUCUAGCCGCACCGCGAUCUGUCCACUUGGAAUUCGAUGGUCGCCGAAUUUCGCCCACCCCGUUGAUGUCCGCUUCCUCUCCCUCAUCGAAAGUGACUUAUCGGGAGAAAGACAAUGUGACAAUUCAGUGCGUCGUGGAAGGUGGGAACCCUCCGCCACGAGUUUACUGGUUUCUGAACUCCAGGAACCUGACUAAUCAUAGCCAAGUAAAGUCAGAGUAUUUGGACGACACGAAAAUUUAUAUUAGCCGCAGCAUCCUAAGAAUGGACAAUAUUACUAGAAGUGAAAAUAACAAAAGUGUUUUGUGCGUCGUUGAUCACGAGCUGCUGACCACGGCCAACGACGAACCUUCCUACCUUCGAGCUAUGGCCCAGUUCAACAUUGAAUAUCAUCCAUCUUUCGUUCUGAGUCGUAUUCCUGGCUUCGGCUACCCCAUUCGUGAGGGAAUCGCUAUGGCGUUGAAGUGCGAGGUAGACGCCAAUCCAAUGAGCCGUCCUAUAUGGUUAAAAGAUAAGAGAGAGCCCCCAGUUCCGCAGACAGAUGACGGCUUUCUGAAUUUCACGUCCGUGCAUAGAAAUCACACCGGGUGGUAUCAAUGUGAAAGCCACCAUCCACUGGGAAAAUUCUCAUCAGUUGGAAUUUAUGUAACUGUGCGAUAUGAGCCAACAAUAGUUCAUCAGCCACCCAAGAGGAUAGAGGCGACGGUGGGGGAUCGAGUUCAAAUGGUUUGCGGGGCCGAAGGAACGCCCUCGCCGGCACUCUGUUGGAGCAGAAUAGGUUACGGAGGAUCGCUUACGACCGUGGGCUCAGGUCAGGAGCUCAUUCUCGAUAGAAUUUUGUACCAAGAAGCUGGCAACUACCGAUGCACGGCGGUGAAUCGCGUCGGCCUCGAGGAGCGACGAGCAGUGACGCACGAUGUCACCGUAGUUGUGUCAGGACGUCCAACAGUCUACCCGACGAACAGAACAAUAAUGGGGUUUACAGGCCAACCUCUGUCCCUCUCCGUCGAGAUGUGCGCAAACCCCAUGCCAACCAGAUCGUUCUGGAUUUUCGGUAACACGGCCCUCAAGCCUGGAGCACGACACCGGAACAAAUAUGUCGCUCAACAACUCACUAAAAAUGAUAAAACUGGGGACUGUUACUUGGCCGUGCUGACGAUCCUGAACGUGUCGUCGGAGGACGCUGGAGAGUAUAUGUUCCUGGUCAAAAAUUCUAAAGGCGUCCAUGAGGGCACCAUCUCCCUCAACAUAACGCAGGCCAGCUACUCCAUAUCCAUCUCCAGCCACACCGAGUCCAGCAGAGCUUAUUCUCCGGUCAACGGUCCGCCUGUGAUCUCCUCCUCCCUCUUCCCCUUUCCCGCCCUCCUUUGCGGACUCAGCACUUGGCUAAUGCUCAGCGGCACAUGGGUUUUGUACUAAUCCGCUUAUCCGCAAAUUCUAAAUACUCCUCAAUCUGCGUGGAAAUAAAUACUCUCGCCCCCAUCAUAGCAACAAAGACUGGAUGUAAAACGUUUGCAAUUCCACAAAAUCCACUCUUUGCUCUCCCUCCACAAAAAAAAACUCAUCUCAAUAAAAAUGAGACCUUGCCCUGGUCAAUUGGGAUGGUCAUCCACAAAGUUUCAAUUCGUGCUAAAUCUUUCUGCCCCGGAUUCGUUUCGACGGUUUGACAGUUGAACAGUUGGGAGAACGGCGUCCACAGGAUGCGACGACGACGAGUAGCCUGGAAGACCAAACCAUUCCGAAGACGUGGGUUCGGGGGACUAGUACUUCUACUCAAGAUUUACGACUUACUUGUUGGAAUAAAUGAGACGUUAAAAUUUUGCCGUCUUCCGGAUCCCCUUCACUUUAAUAGCGAUUCCAACAUAAUGACGAAGAAGGAAGAGAGGAAAAAACUUUUUUCUACGCAACUACAAUAGCCAACAAAGCACAAGAAUUCCGAGGAGAGUGGAGCAUAAAACGGAAGAAAAAAAAAACAGUCGGAAUAAGAGUAAUUGUGAAACUAACAUGCCAUAAACUCCCAGGAUUGAGGAGUGAGGAAAGCUGCACCUGUCCGUAAAAGUACAGAAGGAAGAAAACUAAAGGUGUGUUCCCCAUUACGGAAACUAAAUAAAGUGCAUUCGGAAACAUUUAAUUUUGCGGUUCCAAAGUUUCUGUGAAUGAAUGAACAGGUUGUAAACACGCACCGGCACACGAAACGUCGAGUGAUCUGUAUAGAAACAUUUCUACCUCUUUUACAGGCCAAAACCGUACUAUUUCUAUGUAUCAGCUAUUCGCAGAUAGAUACGGAUUCCCAGGUCUGCGGAAAUUCAGGGAAUACAUUUUUAAGGAGUCUCCUCUUGUCGUGGGAUUAGUUGUUUAUUUACACGCACCGUUAUUUUGAAUUGUAUUGCCGCAUGAUGGUCAAACUGUACACAAUUCAUGUUUAUUUGAUACAGGACCUUGCGUAUAUGAAAUAUGUAGCAAUGCGCGGAAUGACACCUAAUACGUGCACAAUGAAAUUUAAGACCUGUGGAAAUGUGUCAUGUAUGUAUAAAGAUCAAAGUGGCGAGACUUUUAUGCCCCUUCUCACAUUUCACACAACUACAAAAGCUGGACAGCAGCAGAAAAUGAUUAUGAUGGAUAUUCGUCCACUACAUAAACCCAACGACACAGCUGAAAUGAGGUAGCAUGUAACGACGCCAUGUCUUUGUUGCUCUUGUCGGGUGUCGUCAAAUCCAAACAAAUACCUUUUACACCAACUCCUACCUCGUUUAUUACAUGCCAUGUCAUAACUUUAUUACGCCUGAAACAAGUGUAAUCGAAGAACACGAGGUUAUACAAGCAAAAAGGAACUUGGGGUCGCGGUGAUUCAAGAUAUUAUGGAACCUUUUUUGAAAAUCCGGGGCCCAGAAUCAUGAAAUUUGUUGUUUUCCGUUCCUCAAUCCUUGUAAACAAAGUGUAAAGUGACGUAAGAAUACUAAGCAAUGUAAAGUAAUGUUUAUGUACUUGUUGGGACUUACAAAGUGACAUAAAGUUGACUAUCUACAAUAACUCUAUUAUUAUUAUUAUGAUGCUAUCGUCUUGGUAUGAAGAUAUAAGUACAUAUAUAUACGAUACGCUAUAUAUUGCUGUACUCCUUAGGUUAAUAUUACAUAGAGAGUAAUAAGGAGGCGAGGGAGAUCUUCCUCUGUAUUUCCUCCCUUGUUCUUUUGAGGACUACAAUAAAGUCAAAAUAUCAUGUUGGAUUUUUA